AGUUGGCGAUGAGGUUGUCUCUUCGGAGACAUCCGAUAAAAUUGGAACGAUACAGAGAAGAUUAGCAUGGCCCCUGCGCAAGGAUGACACGCACAAAUCGAGAAAUGGUCCAAAUUUUUUUUCGCUCUCGGCAUUCUUUCCUUGUUCGAUCGCGAUCGGGCUGCUCUUCUUAUGCUCUUUUGUUCUUUCUUGCUUCGUGUUCUUCUGCUCUCUCUGUCCCAAAAUCUUCAUCUUUUUCUCGUUCUUUUCCUUGUUAUUUCCUUGAUCAAGGCACAGGGAGGAAGAAAGCUGCUUCUUCGGAGUGCGGUCGUGUUCCUUGUCCUCGUUGGUCAGUCCAUGGACGCUGGUCCUCUUCCUCGCUCGCUGAUCCACACCAAUGCGGACGCCUCCGUAGAAUCAAAUCGCAUGAUGUGCUGCCCUUGGUCCGAAGCGCCGCUGCGAGGAAAAAGAUUGUCCGACAUCACCAACACGGUGAGUUCGGGGACGGCCGGAAUGAUGCGUGCCGAUGUCGAUCAAGGUAACUCGAAUGUGAUUUCUUGCCCGAUCUCCAAAGAUUGCAUCGUCCAGCACAUGAAGGUACCUUUGGAGAUUUUCUUUUUGGUCUCCCUUUUUCAUCUUUCUUUCAUUCUUCAUCUGCAUUUAGUGUUUGUUUCUAAAAAAGAUGUUUGAAAAUGCUUUUUUCUUUACAUGAUCAAUAUGAAUUCCAGGAAAAUACUGCCUUGUUGAAGCUUCUUGCAGAAAAGAAGUAUGUAAAUUGUAAAACACAAAUUACUUCUUGACUGAAAAAUAGUCCGUCGAAAUUCUUGGACCAGCUAUCGAUUGAUAUGGUUUGAUCUGUUGUUCGUUUUGGCAGCAAAAUCAUAGAACUGAGUAGCACUGAGUUGCAAAAACUCCAAUUUGAAUUGCAGAAAACCAGUCAACAAAACUGGCAAUUGGCCCGGGCUAACUCACACAUGCUAGGGGUUGAUUCCUUGUCCAUUUUCUUUAUUGUUUCAGUUUGCAAAAAAGAUGCAUUCUUUAUCUGUUUCGUCUUUUGAUUCGCAGGAGCUCAACUUAGGGAAAGAUAGAGUAUGUUUUCUUGCCUUAUGGUUUGGCUCAUUGUGAUUUUCGUUUGCUAUAAUAGGCGAUUUAAUUUGAUUUACUUUGUGUCAAUCGAUUGAAGUUGCAUGUCAAGUUAUUUUGAUUGAUAAUAUUUAUUUGUUUAUUUCAUGUUGCAGCUAAAAGUAUUAACAACAUGAGCUUGGUUGUACCUUAUCAAUCCUUAAACUAAAGACUUCAGAAUUAGAGGUAAGGGGGAUUAUUAUAGUUUCAUAAUUUGUUUUCUCCUCUCUUAAUCUCUAUGGUGAUAUAUAUUUUUUCUUUACUCUAACUUAGGAGAAAGAAAAAUCGAUCAAAGAUCUCCUUAACAAAAUUGGCUCAGAGGUAUCCAAUGGCUUGUUUUGUUUACAUUCAGGCUGCCCUUUUUUUGCUCAUACUUUUAUUUUUCUUUCUACAAAUUGCAAAAGGUAGGAACCACCAAGUGUGAGGAGGUUGAAGCAAAUGCAACUCAACUUGCUAAUGACAAGAAAAUCUGCAAUCCCAAUAAGAAGCGCAAGUUAAAACCACAGUCUUUAGGCCCUAUCGCUUUGGUUCAUCAAAUGGCAUCAGAGGGAAAGGUUGAUGGUAGAAGAAGGAGGUCCUUACGAACAAAAUCCAGUGGCUUGAAGUCUGAAUCAUGUGAAUUUGUGAAUGACUUGCUCAAAAGAGAUGAUGGCGGAUCUCCAGUGACCCAUCAAGUGGGCCUAGAGGAAAAGGUCGUGGGAAGAAGAACUUCCUUCCGAACAAGAUCCUGUAGUUUGAAAUCUGAAUCACAUGAAUCUAUGGAGUUGCACAAGAUUGAUGAUGCCAUACUUCCAGUGACUUGUCAGGUGCCAUCAGAGGAAAAGAUUGAUGGAAGAAGCAGAAAAUCCUUGCGGAGGAGAUCCGGUUAUUUAAAGUCUGAAUCAUGUGAGCCUACUGAGAACUCAGUCAAGAUGGAGGAUGCCAAGUUUUUAGUUUAUACGAUCAAAAAUGAACGAAACUCGGGAAUCGGGAGUGCCAAAGAAGAUCCUCUGUUGGAAGGCCAUUGUGGAAGGCGGCUGAGAAGGUCGGUUCUUGCAAAGAAAUGAAUCUGAAAGUAAAAAUGUGAAGAUCAUAGUACGAUUCUGGGUUAUCUGCUUACAUCACUAAAAUUUCAGAUGGUGCUAGCUGAGAGCUGCUGAUAUUCUUGGAUCCACUUAAUAUAUCUGCUAGAUGAGAGCUGGACAUGCCAAUGUUUUCUA